AACACCACGCACCUCAGCCGGGAGGAGAUCCAGUCGGUUGUCACCCGAGUGACUGCGACGCACGACCGGGAGCUCCUGUGGGCGUCCAACGUCGCAUUCGUGGCGAGGCUGCAGGCGAGGAUUAAAGCUGUAAUUAAAAUCCAGGCUUUUGUGCGAGCUAACAAGGCCCGUGGGGAUUACAGGAUGCUGGUCCACGCCAGCAGCCCGCCGCUGAGCGUCGUCCGGCGCUUCGUCCACUUGCUGGAGCAGAGCCAGCACGACUUCUGGGAGGAGUCGGAGGUGCUGCGGCUGCAGGAGGAGGUGGUGAAGAGGAUCCGUGCCAGCCAGCAGCUGGAGAGUGACCUGGACCUCAUGGACAUCAAGAUUGGGCUGCUGGUCAAGAACAGGAUCACGCUGCAGGAGGUGGUCUCGCACUGCAAGAAGCUGACCAAGAAGAACAAGGAGCAGCUCUCGGAGAUGAUGUCCAUAGACAAGCAGAAGGGGCUCAAAUCGCUCAGCAAGGAGAAGCGGCAGAAGCUGGAGGCCUACCAGCAUCUCUUCUACCUGCUGCAGACACAGCCUGUGUACUUGGCCAGGCUGAUCUUCCAGAUGCCCCAGAACAAGUCCACCAAGUUCAUGGAGUCGGUGAUCUUUACGCUUUACAACUAUGCGUCCAACCCACGGGAGGCUUACCUGCUGCUCCAGCUCUUCAAAGCAGCACUGCAGGAGGAGAUCAGGUCCAAGGUGGACCAUGUCCAUGACAUCCUGACAGGGAAUGCCACAGUCAUCCGGCUGGUGGUCAGCUUCUACCGCAACACACGCGGGCAGAACGCCCUGCGGCAGAUCCUGGGUGGCCCGGUGCAGGAGGUCCUGCAGGACAAGACCCUCAGCAUCCGCACCAACCCCGUGGACAUCUACAAGGCAUGGAUCAACCAGACCGAGUCACAGAGCGGGCAGAAGAGCAAGCUCCCGUAUGAAGUCAGCUCCGAGCAGGCUCUCAGCCACCCUGAGGUCCAAAGGCGGCUGGAUAUUUCUAUCCGGAACCUCCUUGCAAUGACGGACAAGUUCGUCUCUGCCAUCACCUCUUCUGUAGACAAGAUCCCCUAUGGGAUGCGCUACGUGGCCAAAAUCCUGAGGACAUCCUUGGCUGAGAAAUUCCCCAAGGCCUCGGAGGAGGAGAUCGACAAGAUCGUGGGGAACCUGCUCUAUUACCGCUUCAUGAACCCAGCCGUGGUGGCCCCUGAUGGCUUUGACAUCGUGGACAUCUCUGCUGGGGUGACCCUGCAUCCUGACCACCGCCGCAGCCUGGGCUCCAUCGCCAAAGUCCUGCAGCACGCGGCUGCCUACAAGGCCUUUGAUGGGGAGAACGCCCAUCUCUGCGGGGUGAACCAGUACCUGGAGGACACUCACAACAAGUUCAGGAGGUUCAUCUCUGCUGCCUGCUGCGUCCCUGAGCCAGAAGAGAGGUUUAAUAUGGACGAGUACUCGGAGAUGGUGGCAGUGGCCAAACCGGUCAUCUACAUCACGGUGGGGGAGCUCAUCAACACGCACAAGCUCCUGCUUGAGCAUCAGGACUCCAUUGCGCCGCACCACGGAGACCCCCUGCACGAGCUUCUGGAAGAUCUUGAUGAGCUUCCUACGGUCCAGUCCCUUGUCGGGGAGAGCGUUCCCAGCCCGGUGGACAGCAGUGCCGAGCAGGUGCUCUCCCAGCUCAGCAAAAUGGAGAUCUCCCUCACCCUCGCUGGCAAGCUGGUGCCGGCGGCCAGCAGCGAGGAGAGCGACGCGAGGAGCUUGCUGCUGAGCACCAAGCAGAUGCUGGUGGACGUCAUCCAGUCCCAGCCAGGAGAUUCCCUCCCAGAGAUCCUGUGGACACCGGCCUCGGAGCACGAGGAAGCCUCCCACCACAAUCUCAUGCGCAGGCGAGCGCUGCGGGACGCCCAGACCCCAGCCAAGCUAAAACGCAACCGCUCCCUGGCUGCUAACAACCAGCUGUCCGUGGAGGAGAAGAAGCGCAAGAUCAUCCGCAACCUGCGGCGCUUGGAGAGCCUGGGGCUCGUGGACUCUGCCCAUCAGUACCAGGAGCUCAUCCACGAGCUGGCCAAGGACAUCCGCAACCAGAGACGUUACCGGCAGCACCGCAAAGGGGAGCUCCUGAAGCUGAGACAGACCCUGCAGGGCCUCAACGCCAAGACCUUGUUUUAUGAGGAGCAAAUUGAUUAUUACAAUCAGUACAUCAAGACCUGCCUCGACAACCUGGCAGCCAGCAACAAGGUCGGCGGGAAGAGCAAGAAGCUGCAGUCGCUGCGCUACACGGCGGCCCGGCUGCUCGAGAAGGGGGUUCUGCUGGAGAUCGAGGACUUGCCGCCCAGCCAGUUCAGGAACGUGAUUUUUGACAUCAUCCCCUGCGAGGAGUCGGGCAGGUUCCAG